AUGCUACGGUGCGAUCCGUUUGAAGGAGCAGGACGACGUGUCGACCAAAUCCACGAUCGAAACCGCGCUUUCUUCCUCCGCGAAGACACCGCUGUCCACGGCGCCACCGGCGGCGAUUGAUGUCCUUCUCGAAGCAUCGCCCCCGCCUUCGCUCCCGGCAGAAGCUGCGGUCGCGAUUCCGGUUCAGGUCGCGGUGGUGACGAGCUCUACAUCCUCGGGUUCAGCGCAACCGAACCGGUGCGCCGCGUGUCGAAGCGUGUGGGGUUGACUGGGUUCAAGUGCAGGUGCGGAGUCACGUUUUGCGGGACCCACAGGUAUCCGGAGAAGCACGCGUGCGGGUUCGACUUUAAGACGGUGGGGCGAGAGGAGAUUGCUCGGGCUAACCCCGUGAUCAAAGCAGAGAAGCUGCGGAGGAUAUGAUUCGAUCUCAUCCGUCCGAUGGGACCGGAGUUUGGUGAUUUGAUAAGUACCGUCCACGUGUACUGCGAGCGAUGGAGAGAGAGAUGUCGUUAUGUAUAAUGUUAUGAAUAUGAUGAUGAUGAUGAUCUGUCUUCUAAAUUAAGAUAAAACUUAAAAAGUCGGUUUGUCUCGUGUCGAAGGGAUUGAAAUGAAUGAGUCAUAUUUUAAUUUGGCUUUGUAAAAGGGGGAAAAAGAAAAACAGCACUGAGAUUAAAAUUUGUAGGUCCACCACCAUCAGGAGUAGUUGAAAUUAUUUGUGAUUAGGGUUUCUGGGCAGCGCAGUGCGGUGGAGCGUUUUAUUGUGCUUUCGGUAAUGAAUGUGAAAGUGAACUUGUCGAACACGCGCUGUGCCAAUAUUCGUUCUUUACUCUCCACGAUUUUAUGCUUUUUUGCCUUCCUCAAUCA